GCUCGAACGACAAGACUGAUAUUAUUGUUAUUUCAUUAUUUGACAUUUGUUGUUGUCGCUGUUAUUGCGGAUGCUGAACCGAGGACCGUUGGAAACGUCACAGGUACGAUCCCUGUGGACAUGACGCAAUCUCCUUGAUCACCGAUUCGUCGGCCGCGUACUGACGGGCACAAACGACGAUCUUCGGGCCCAGGCGGCAGUGGUGGUGGUAUAUUCUUUUAAAUACUUACUCGUCUACGGUGGUAGUCUUACGAGGAGCCGACUAUAUUCGUCCAUCUCGGCUUUUCAGUCCGGUAGCUUGAAUCGGCGGAAAAAAACCGGGGAUACAGAGUGCGACACAAACCGUAAGAGAUAUAAAGUACCUACUUGCGACUCUUUUUUUUUUAAAAAAGACAAGACACUCUGUGUCCUUGUAACGUCGAGCGCGUGUUUUGUUCCUAAUGUUCCGAGUGAUAUGGUGGCGAAGCUAGAACAGCGUCGAAAGAAAAUCCCUAUAUAGUGGUCUGAUGAAACCGUGACAAUGAGUGAUUUUUCCGUGCGCAUUUAUACGAAAACCAUGGCAACAUCGGCCAUGCGCCGCAACUGUUGUUGCUGGAAGCGCUUCAGGAUGUUACUCGUGUGCUCUGUCAUCCUGUUUAUCCUAGUUAACGUGAUACUGACUUUGCUUACCACUAACCGCCAAUCUGUCGAUCCGGCCACUACCGCUGCAGGUAUUGGUUACAAUAAUAGUAGUAAAUGGCUUCAAAAUGGCGAUGCAGCAAAGUAUAUAUCUAUAGAAGUGCUGUCCAGUAAAAACCGUGUGAGGAUAUGUGUUGACGAUGCGACGGUGAUUGAUGAUAGUGAUCCAUUAAACAAUAGAGGCAUGCAUGUCGUUGUCUUGAAUCAACAUACUGGUAUGGUGAUGGCUCAACGGGUAUUUGACACAUACAUGGAUGAUGAACCACUCAUUGGUUUUUUGCAUCGUGUGUCCUCUGGUCGUAUAAUGAUUUUUGCUGUUAAAGAUGAGGCAUCAUUCCACCUCACCAGUAAAGGAAGGCGUGCAAUGCAAAUGCAUACUGGCGCAGGUGGUGCUAGUGCUAGUAGAAGUGGAACUGGAUCUGCUGCAGGUGGAUCAUUGUGGCUAUCGGAACUUGGUUGGCGUGAUAUGUGGGCAAUGGUAGCUAAACAUCAUAAUAAUGAUGCAGAAGAAGAAAGAAAUGUUGGUGGUGUUGGUGGUCGUGUAUACGGAGAGAGCUAUAAUAGUAACCCAGGCUUAGCUGUACAACAUAAUAGUAAGAGUGCACCAGCCUUGUCUUCUUGGGGCACUGAUGUUUUACUACGCGUACAAGUUCCUCUUGACGUAAAUCGUAGUCAUAACAAUCAAAAUGAUGAAUGGUGUGAAUCGUGGAUAACAGCUGGUACUUCAGAAGAUAACAAUGAUGAUGGUGGUGAUUUUGUGGACAGUGGUUCCAUUAUUGAUGAUGACAUUAUAGUUGAAUCACCACUGGCACGAAGACAACGAUUCUGCAGCCGUAUCGAGGGUUAUGGUGACGUAUGUAGUUGUAUACAUCCUGCUCCUUUGGAUUUCCAUCCAUUACCUAUACCUGAUUCAAAUAUUGAUCUAAUACCUGUGGUAAUAAUAGCUGGUAAUCGAGCUGACUAUCUUUACAGGACAUUAAAAUCUGUAUUGAAUGCUCGAGGUGUUCAACGACAUAUGGUUACUGUUCAUGUGGAUGGAUACUAUGACGAACCAGUCGAAGUAGCUCGGCUGUUGGGUGUAAGGGCUGUACAGCAUAUGCCUGCUGUAGGUGAUUCAGUCAAUGCAGUUAGUGGAGGGAGUAUUGCAAGUAAUACCAAUUCACGCCGCCGUCGAGUUACACAGCAUUAUAAAUCAGCAUUAACAAACACAUUUAGUUCACUGUUCCCGCAAGCUGAUUAUGCUAUUGUGUUGGAAGACGAUCUAGAUGUUUCUGUUGACUUUUUUAGUUUCUUCAGUCAGACUCUUUCAUUGUUGGCUGCAGCUGACGACUCAACAGAUGGUGAUGGUGGUUCUGGAUCACUGUAUUGUAUAUCUGCAUGGAAUGACCAAGGCUAUGAACACACUGCUAGUCGACCAGAUGUUUUAUAUCGUAUUGACUGGAUGCCAGGAUUAGGAUGGAUGCUUAAAAGGUCCUUGUAUAAGGACCAGCUAGAAUCGGAAUGGCCUACAGUAGAAAAACCAUGGGAUUGGGAUAUGUGGAUGCGAUCAUCCAAAGUUCAACGUGGACGACAAUGUAUAGUACCAGAAGUCAGCAGAACAUAUCAUUUUGGAUCAUCUCGUUCUGUUAACGUAAACCCAUACUUUCAACGUACGUACUUUGGUCGUCACGCAUUCUAUAACCCUAAUUCUGCAGCAAAUGGGGCAAGUGCUGGAUCUCAUAGUGGUGGAAAUGGUGGAGAAUAUGACGAUAGAGGAGGUCUGAUUCGUUUCAAAAACAUUGACAAGAUGACUCGAAUAACAUACCUUGGGUGGAUGGAACGUAGGAUCGUGACGGAAGGCCAAGUAUUGGAUCACAGUAGAUGGCCAUGUCGAAAAAAACAAUGGAAUAAUGGAGGUAACAGAAAUAAUGACAAUAGAAGAGUACAGGAUGCUGAAAACAAAAACUAUUAUCAAUCAGACGAAGAAUUUUUUGUUAUUGAUGAAAUGAUGAAUAAUGACCAUACAAUUAGAUCUAAGAAAUUAUUUAUACUGUAUAUAAAAAUGGAAGAUCCAUCUGGCGGAAAUCGAAAUGCAGCUAAUGUUGCUUGGACUCCUUUGGCCAAGUGCCUAGGCAUAUGGGACCUAGAUAUUAGAGGACAUUACAAGGGAAUGUGGCGACUAUAUCUUAAUACUGAUAAUCAAGAUGAUGGAACAAAUGCAGAUGAAGAAGGAAUUCCAGCACAUAUUAAAAGCGGUUCCGAACUAUUUAUUAUCAGUUGCCCAUUCUCAUAUUUUUGCAAAUUCAAGCCAAUAAAUGUGACUGCUUUAUGGUACAAUAGUAUUGGUAUUGGUGAAGACGAUGAUGGCGGAGAUGAUAUGUUAUAGGCUCUAAACUGCUGAGGACGAAAAAACUACUUUUUAAUGUAGUUAUUACCAUUACAUUUUAUCAUAUAAUAAUAUAUUACAUAUCUAUGUUAAUUGUUUAUCAUUACAUUUAUUAUAAUGUUUUUAUUAUUAUAAAAUUUAAAUCAUCUCAUUUAUUAUUAUUGUGUAAGAUUUAUUUUAAGUUAUGUACAUCUCUUCCAGUUUUUAAUUGAAGAAAACUGCUGACUCAUAGUAUUUUUAACCUAAUUUGUAAUUUAGAGACUGCUUCAAAUUUUAACCUAAUUUAGUUUCUUUAGCUCAAGCUGAGUUCCCAUGAAUCUUGUUCUUGCCAAAAUUUGUCACUUAGAGGAUACUUACCAUGCCGUGGGAACAAUCCUCCUAUAGUAUUAUUUGUCACUGAUGCUUUCCUGAGGAUGUGACACUAUUUAUAGAAAUGGCCAAUAAUAUACUUUUUAAUGUAUAUGACAAAUAUACUAGUCUUGAGAACUCAGCUUUAGAAUUAAACCAAAAGUAUUUUUAUUUUAUUAACUGUAUAAUAUAAUAUUAUAUUUGUUAUUUUAUAUCAAGAACAAUGCAAUGAUGAACUAAUUAUUUUAUUGUUUUUAAUGUGCUUAUAAUUUGUUUUAUAUUUACCCCAGAGAUAAAAUAUGUUGUAUUUUAUUAUUGUUUAAGUUAAAAUUACAUAAUAUUUUUGUAUUAAGGCUGUAGAGACUGCCCAACCCCUAAAGUGUAUGUAUAGUUUUUAUUUUUAAUAAAAUUGAAAUUAAUGAUUA